AUGGAACAGGAGGAUCAAAGUGUAAAGCAACCUGAGAAGGUGAAUGUCAUCUUCGAGGAUUUGACAGAUGAAGAAGAGGGCCAUGCUUCUCAACAGACAAAGGUUAUUAGUAACAGUUCAGCGGUAAAAAGUGAGGAAAAUAAAUACGGUAAUACGAAGAAGAAAAAAGUGGAAGCAAUAAGAAUGUUUACAAUACUAGACAUCUUGACAGCUGAGGGGGAAUUUGAUGGAUUUGGAUCUGCAGAAAGAAUGUGUAGUAAUGUGUCAGAGAGUGCGGUUGAACAUGAAAAUAGAAACGUGAAAGAACAUUCUCCGAAACCUAUAAAAGAAAGAAAAGGAUUAGCUAAACAAAAACAAUAUGUGAAAGAGAUGAACUCAAAAGGGACAAAUACGGUCGCUGAAGUGGCUGCUGUAGUACCUGAAGCAAAAGAGGAUACAGUGAAAGAAAGAAAUACCGAAAUAAAGCAGACAAAAAAGAAGGAGUUCCAGAAAGAAAUACAUCACAUAUUGCUUGAUGCAGUGGUAAAAGUAGGGAUUCCAAUGGUUCCUGGAACAACUGAAGUUGAGACGGCACAAAAAAUCGCUGAAAGCUUGAUAGAGGCAACAGAGGCUAUCAUGAAACUUUAUGGAGAUGUAUAUGGAGAGAUUUCACCAAAGCCCAUUACAGAUGAGACAGCGCAUACAUCACUAGUUCCAAGCUCUGAACCAAACAUUUUGCAAACUGAAGUUGUUGAUCAUGAACCACGACGAUAUUGCAUAUGUCAGAGUACUGACGACUCCUCAUUCAUGAUAUGUUGCGAUUUUUGCGAAGUAUGGUACCAUGGAGAUUGUGUAAAGGUUGAUGCAGUCCUGGCUAAGCGUAUGGAGAAGUAUGCUUGUCCUUACUGCAAUGAGAAAGAUGAAAACCAAAAAACAGUCUAUCGUAUUACGAAAAGGGGCCGUAAGAAGCGAACAGCCAAUGCGAUGACAGUUGACAUGCAGAAGGAAGGAAGUAGUUCGAUGCCUAUUGUGAGUGGUGAAAUGGGACAAGAAGAGAAGCGAGAUGGUCGGGAAUGCCACAACUGUAUCAACUUUUCAUCUCACUGCGGCAGUUGUAAUCAUUGUCAGAACUCUGUGGAACCAUGUUUGAAGCGCAUUUGUCUAAUCUCUGAUUGCUGCAAUAAAGGUGAGAGAAAUAGGCGCAAAAUGAAGAAUGGCGCCAAAUGUAUAGCAAAAAAUACGUCAGUUUUAGACUCAGAAUCAGUUGUAUAUUCAUUCUCAUCAAGAGGCCGAAGAAGACGAAUGAAAUAUGUGAACAUGACCGAAUACGAGGACAGUGACAAUGGAAAUGAGGAUGAUAGUGAAGAGAAAGAUAGUUUGUGGAAACAUACUGCUUUCUCAGUACCUGACACUAAAAAACGUCGCAAACGCAUGGGUUCUAGAAGAAACAAACGCAAAAAUCAGAAAAAUGGUGGUAGUUUGCAGAACAAUGGUGGUAGUUUGCAGAAAAAUAUAGCAACAAAAGGAGUUGACAGUGGCUUGUCCGUUACAUCAACACAACGAGAAGAACCUAGCUGUAGACUACCUAAGGAACGCGAGAUCUCAAACAAUAGCUCGUCUAUGGAAAACAUCAGGUUUUUGCUGAAAAGGGCUGCUGAACAAAAUCAAAAAUAUAUGGAAGGUUUACAAGUAUUAGCAAGGUCUCAUCGAGAAAUUCAAAGAUGGAUCGAAGAGGUGAAUUCUGCUUCGGGCGCUUUGGCUUGUUUAGCGAAACUGGUUAUAGAAAAUACAGAACAUUACUUCAUACGUAGUGCGGGACAAUAUGACUUCAAUUCGAGUUAA